AUCAAUCUCCUUCAUGUUCUUGAUGAUUUGUCCAUCCGGCCACGAUUGAAACGGGUCCUGUCUGAUUCUCGCUGCACCACUGUCUGCCCUGCGCAACCUUUCCAUCUGUCAAGGCUCGGCUUGCACGAUGUCUUUGUUCCGCGCUUCACAGCGGAUCACUGUCUCGACUGCACGCAAUGGACAGCGAGCGCGAGGAUUGGCGACUCCAGCAGCUGGUGGUGUACCCUUGGCAUCGCGACACCCAUCUCGACGUCCUCCAUACGAGCGACUGCUGAAACAGCUCAAAGUGGUGCGCGAGACCAUCGACAGGCCCUUGACGCUAGCAGAAAAGAUCCUCUACUCUCACCUCAUCGAUCCUAGGCAGACACUCUCUGGCGCAGGCAAAGAUCCAAGCAAUGUCAGAGCUAAACGAUACUUGCCCUUGCAAGUGGACAGACUGGCCAUGCAAGAUGCUUCAGCGCAAAUGGCCCUGUUACAGUUCAUGACUUGCGGCCUACCUCAAGCAGCAGUUCCUGCAUCCGUCCAUUGCGAUCACCUGAUCCAAGCGUUCGAAGGUGCAGCGGCCGACUUGAAGAGGUCCAUCGCUUCCAAUUCGGAGGUGUUCGCCUUUUUAGAAUCCGCCUGCAAAAAGUAUGGCAUCGAAUUUUGGGGACCUGGAAGCGGAAUUAUUCAUCAGAUUGUGCUAGAGAAUUAUGCAGCGCCAGGCUUGCUCAUGCUUGGUACGGACUCGCAUACACCCAAUGCCAGCGGCCUGGGGUGUCUCGCCAUAGGAGUUGGAGGCGCAGACGCAGUGGACGCAUUGACAGCCACGCCGUGGGAGCUGCAAGCGCCAAAAGUCCUCAACAUCAACCUCACCGGUACCCUGUCUCCAUGGUGCACUCCAAAGGACAUCAUCUUGCACGUAGUAGGCGCUCUGACCGUCCGAGGGGGCACAGGUAACAUCUUGGAGUACACCGGCCCUGGCUUGUCCACGCUUCCCGCUACCGGACUGGCCACAAUGGCCAACAUGGGAGCCGAAAUGGGCGCUACUACAUCUGCAUUCGCGUACACUGAACCAAUGGGCGCUUAUCUCGCAGCGACAGGGCGAGGUCACAUUGCCAAGGAUGCGCAGGGCGCUCAGUCCCUCUUGCAGCCUGAUACGGGCGCAGAAUAUGACUCGAGGCUGGAAGUGAACCUGGAUAAUCUGGAACCCACUAUCAAUGGUCCCUUCACACCUGAUCUGGCCACACCCCUGUCCACGUUUGUCGCUCGCGCCAAGGCGGGCGAUUACGUCAAGGACGCAAAGCUGAGCGCUGCGCUCAUCGGAAGCUGCACGAAUUCAAGCUAUGCAGACAUGGCCAGGUGCGCUAGUCUUGCUCGCCAGGCUACCGAGCGAGGAAUGAAGGUGGCGACCAGCUUUGAUGUGACGCCGGGAAGCGAACAGGUCAGAGCGACGGUCGAGCGCGAUGGCAUCCAGGAGGAUCUUGCAAAAGCUGGCGCACGGGUGCUAGCCAAUGCUUGCGGUCCUUGCAUUGGACAAUGGGACCGCAGGGAGCUGAAAGGCGAGGAGAAUGUGAUUUUGACGUCCUUCAACCGCAAUUUCCGUGGAAGGAACGACGGCAACGCCAAGACACAGAACAUGCUCGCUUCGCCCGAGAUCGUCACCGCAAUGGCUUUUGCCGGUAGACUCGACUUCAAUCCCAUCACCGACACGCUCAAAGCUCCAGAUGGGUCUGAUUUCCGGUUCGAGCCGCCUAGCGGCGAGGAGCUGCCUUCUCGCGGCUUCACGCCGGGCGACGAGAGCUACUUGCCACGUCCCUGCCCCGAGCCCAUCGCAUCCACACCCAUUGCUAUCUCGCCCACCUCGUCUCGGCUUGAGCCGCUCGAAGCUUUCGACACUCCCUUUAAGAGUGGUAACUACGAGCUGUCAGACAUGAAAUGCCUGCUACGGAUCAGGGGCAAGUGCACCACAGAUCACAUUUCCGCAGCUGGACCAUGGCUCAAGUACAAGGGCCACCUGAGCAACCUGGCGGAAAACACCCUGAUCGGUGCCAUGAAUGACCAAGAUGGACAGGUGAACUCUGCGCACGACCUCGAGGGCGACGUAAGGGAUACAAUUCCUUCCAUCGCGAAGCGCUACAAGGCUCGCAGCCAGCCAUGGAUGCUUGUAGCUGACCACAACUAUGGCGAAGGGUCGGCAAGAGAGCAUGCUGCGCUCCAGCCGCGCUUCUUUGGCUGCCAGCUCAUCCUCGCCAGGUCGAUUGCUCGAAUUGCAGAGACGAAUUUACGGAAGCAGGGAGUGCUGACGCUGCUCUUCGCCGACGAAAAUGACUACUCGAAAAUCGACGCAGGAGACGCCGUUCAGACCGUCAACCUAGCAGAUCUGCUCAAGCCUGAUGGUGACUUGGAGACGCAAGUUCGCGUCCGCGUGACCAAACCCGAUGGCAAGGCGUUUGAAAUUGCUACCAAGCAUUCCCUGUCGCCCGCACAUCUAGCAUGGAUCCGAGCAGGUUCUGCACUCAAUUUGAUUCGUGAACAAGCGGCGUUGGCGGCUUCUCAUAGCUCUGCACCUUUCUCUGCUACCGGCAGUGCGCCUACGCCAACUCCUCCAUCGCCUGCUGGAGGCGCACGUGUAAGGAGCAUGAGCACCUUUGCUCUUCAAAAGAGGGGUUACGCUACAGCGCCGAAGAGCUCUGGCGGAACGUACGGACGCCCCUCCAACGACGGUCCGGUGGACAGCAACACGGACUCGAUGCGACGAAUGAUCUUUCCUGAUGCUGCGCCGGCUGCCGGAUCAGCUCAAGCAGCUCUGCAUUCGGCCCUACCUUACCCUGUCGAGGUGCACGACACGAUCAUGAGGGCCUGGAACUUGCAUCGCAGGGAGCAACGGGAAGCUCAAAGGAAAGAUUUGAAUGUCAAGAGGAGCAGGAUGGAAGAAGCUUGCGCUGCGCUCAAGAAGCAGUCUCCGAAAUUGUUCGCCCAGGCCGCUUAUCGCGUAGCUCCAAACAAGAGGCAUCCGGACGAACAGGCGAGAUUGGUCAAGCUGGGUCUGGCAGGUGGAGAGGGCGGAAAGAGCGAAGAGGGAGAGACCGUAUUGGUAGGAGCUGAAGCUAGACGAAAAGCUAGAACGCUAGCUAGUCAGAGGUUGCACGGCCUGUUCCCGAGGGAGAUGAGGGCGCCCACAGAUACCCCUUCUAGGAAUGGCUGGCCGGCUUACCAAGCUCCUGAUGAGUCUUGAUGCACCUUGUUCUCGAGCCCUGAGGUAAUAUCAUGAAUCAUCGCAUAACCAACUCGCAGGCACGCGAGCUACUGAACGACAUCGGGCGGUGGACAUCCUGACCAGCCACUCACGAAGGCCACUGCAAUUGCUGCUGGCUGGAAGCGGUACUUUGGGAUGGAUGCGACAAGGAUGUUCUAGAGGGCGGGGGUGGCAAGGGCAGGUCUCUGGACUCGUUGGCUUGUCUGGUCGUCGAUGAUUCGAUUGCGGGAUCCUUUGAAGAGCCUCGUGGUACGUCUAGCGACGUUCUUGAAGCGACGAGGGUAUUCGUCAGGAUGAGACCUGGCCAAGGACUGAAGCGGCUCGUGCUUGCGGCGCUCUGGGAGCCCGGAGCAUCGAAGCCGUCGAGGGAGAGCACGUCGAUGGUGGCUGUGGC